CGAGAGAUCAAAGCUGGGGAAGCUGAAGACCUUCCAGGGAAGGGCCUCCCCCUUCUGCUGGAGGGAACAUGACAGCGAAUAGAGGAGCGAGGACCUUCUUAUCUGUCUUCCUGCUGUGCUGCUGGCAAGAUGUGCAGCCCUGGCCGAAUAGAGAGUUCUCAGGUUCAAGUGAUAAGCAAUGGCCAAAUUUAGAAACUGUGGAUGAUGAGAUAGCUACAGUGUUUGAUGAAAUUCUAGUCCAGGAGAUUCUGGAGCCAGGGAAAGCACUGUAUUUUGAAAAUCAAAGGCCAUCAACAACGUCACAACAAAACACAACGAAGGAAAUAAUACACAUGAAGGAAUCCACAGCUUCCAUGAGACAUCAGAAGCAAUUAUCCUCUGGGACCAUGCACAUCGUUUCCUUUGACGGUAACUGUGACCCCACAAUCCCCUCCUGGAUGCAGAAUCUCUUAGUUAGGGUUUCCAUUGCUAAGAAGACACAGCAUGACCACGACCAUAUUCAUAAAGACAAGCAGAAAGAGACACUUUUACAGCUAAGAAGCCUUGAAGCUCUGGAGAAAAUGAUUCACAAGAUUCGAAGAGCUAUUGAAAUUAAGCUCAAGAGACAACAGAAGUUCCAGAGAAGUAGAACCAGACAACUCCUGGGGAAACUAGUCCAUCCCUAAGUACUAGGACUGGCAAGAGGGGCGAGCCACUGCCGCACAUGGGGACAGGAGAGAGUGGAAGCAGCCACCAACCUGUGUGAAGAGAACCGUACUCAAUGAGCACCAAGUAAAAUUAGCAUAUUUACAUAUUAAGUUAUCA